GCGUGAGCCUAGCCUGCGUGGACGAGUCUUCCGGAGUUACCAGCGUGACCCCGACUCAGCCGCGACCAGGGCGCUCCUGCAGUUGGCUGGCGGAGCAGAGCGAGGUGGCGGUGCCGGGGGAGAAAAUCGUAUAGGUUCUACUCUGGAAACAAUAUGUUACUUCGUCUGCGCACUGUGGGUCAUGAUGAGCUGUGGGCUCCUCUUGCAUGCUGUAUCUAGUAUCAGUUUGCUACGAGGUGCGCGCAGUCGUUUUUGGUAAACGGGCCUAACAAUUUCUUGUAUUUGAACUCUGAUUCAGGCCCUUCGUCCCGCGAUAUCAAGCGUCACAUGGAACAAACGCAGAGCAGCCUGCUCAAGAAUCGGUGCGCAGUUAAAGUGGCCGCGGCUGCCGCGCGAGCAGGAGCGCAAAAUAAAGCGAACACUAAGCACAAACGUACUUCUUCCACCGGCGGAGCCACGUUGAAUACAGAGGAGAACGAAUCUAAUCUGGUCGGUAAUAUGCAGCUGCCGAAUCAGAAGCAGAAGCAGAACCAGAAGCAGAGCCGCUUUUCCGACUCUGCACAGCGAGACAGAGACACCAGCCCGAGAACGCCCACUGGUGCGGUUGGCCGGAAAACUAGGCACAGUCCUUCACAUGGUACGUCCUCCGGCGGCGCCCCUGGAACGACGGGACACAACAAAUCGGACCAAGAUCGGAGUUAUUCUUCGUUCAUAUCGGAGAUCGCGGCGGAGGAAAGCAGCAACGAGUUAUUUAUGCAGGAGGGAAGUUCGCUUUUGGGCAGUAGUGCCGGCGGAGGGUUGAUGAUGGUUCCGGAAGAGAAAGACGGGGAAGGAGGUGGAGGCUUCUCCGCUGGCGACAGUCCAGUUGCGACAGGAGCCAUAGAAAUGACUGAGCAGGUGGUGAGCGAGAAGGUGAGCAAGAGCUCCC